AUGGAUGACGGGAUUCCUACGACAUCAACCAUGGAGUCGAAACAUAUGUCAGGCAUUUUGAGUGCUGACGGCGUCAAAUCGGCCAUCACCCUCACCUCCGUUUUGUCAGUGGUUGGCGUUUGGCUCGGCUACCGCAUCCUUGUUUGCCUGUACAACAUCUCGCCCUUCCAUCCUCUCUCCCGCUUCCCCGGGCCCAAGAUCGCGGCUGCCAGUUACGCGUAUGAAGCCUACCAUGACUGGAUUCGCGGGGGAAGAUACGGCCCCAAGAUUCAGGAGAUGCAUAAGCGCUAUGGCCCAAUCGUGAGAAUCAACCCGGAUGAGCUUCACUGUUCCGACCCCUACUUCACCGAUGAGAUCUAUGCCGGUCCUGGACGCAUCAGAGACAAAUGGCAGCAUCAGCUCAACACGGGUGGCGCCGGCCCUGUUUCCGUGACGGGCUUUUCGACUGUUCCCCACGAGCUUCACCGUUCGCGCAAGGGUGCCCUGUCCAAGUUCUUUUCCCGCCAGCAGAUGUUCAAGCUCGAGGGGGAGGUGCUCGACUUCUGCCACUUGACGAUUGACAAGAUGCUUCGCUGGUCUGGGAAGGAGGCUUUUGACAUCAAGGAGGCCUUCAACUGCUUUACCGCCGACGUCAUUUCCCAGUAUGCUUUUGGCGAAUCCAUGGGCUUCAUCGCUCAAGAACAAUGGGAGCCCAAUCUUGCGACAUGGACCGGUUCCUUCAUGAAGAGUGCUUAUCUGAUGAGGCACAACGCCCUGGUCCGCAAGAUGACGAACAUGAUGCCCCUCGUGGCUGACUAUUUGGGCGAGGAUAUCAAGAACGUGAUGCACCAGAUGGGCACUGUCAUCCCUGGCUACAUCAAGGCGUCUCUGGAUGACCCCAACGGCGGCCGUGUGUUUGCUGAGCUUGUCAAGUCCAAGGCUCUCCCUGCGGAGGAGAUGACUAUGUAUCGUCUCUCUGGUGAGGGGUUCAACUUUUUGCUUGCCGGUACCGAGACCACCGCGGCCACCCUGUCCGUCAUCACAUUUUGGCUUCUCCAACAACCCGAAACCUACAGAAAACUGAUGGAUGACCUCCAAGGUCUGACACCGACCAACAUCAAGUGGGCCGAGCUCGAACAGCGCCCGUACCUCUGGGCCAUUGUCCACGAAUCCCUCCGCAUGAUGCCCGGUGUCUCGCACAGAUCGGCCAGAAUCGCCCGUACCGAGGACCUGGUGUACCGCACCCGAGAUGGCAAGACUGAAUGGGUCAUCCCCAGAGGCACUCCCAUCGGCAUGACCAGCAUGAUCAACCACUUCGACGAGGAGCUCUUCCCCAACCCACACUCCUUCUCCCCGGAGCGGUGGUUGAUUGACGGAAAGCCAAACUACAAGCUGCAGAAGUUCUUGAUUGCCUUUGGCAAGGGCAGCCGGUCGUGCAUUGGUGAGAGCUUGGCCUACUGCGAGGUGUAUCUCAUGACUGCCCUGAUCGCCAUGCGCAUCAUUCCAAGGGCCAAGCUCGUCAACACCACAUAUGAGGACAACGUCAAGUACGAUCAUGAUUGCAUUGUGCCUCAUUCCAGAAACGGUCCUGUCACUGUCCAUGUGCGGAUCCAGUAA